UAUAUAUAUGCAAAUUUCUUAGCACCUUUUUCAUUGUUUUCCAUUCUCUUCUUCAGACUUCAACUUCCUAUUUCGUGAUCAGCAUUUAAAAUCUCAGAAAAGCUUUACAGUGAUGGCAAAGAUUAAGGAUUCGGUCCCUAAAGUGGGACUCCUCCUCCUGCUCUUGUACGUUUUCGCUACUACAAUGGGAGAAUCAGAAUACUUGAAGUACAAGGACCCAAAGCAGCCCAUCAAUCGGCGAAUCGAGGACCUAAUGAAUCGGAUGACGUUAGCCGAAAAAAUCGGACAGAUGACACAGAUUGACAGAAUGAAUGCAACUGCUGAGAUCGUGAGGGACUCCUACAUUGGUAGUUUACUGAGCGGCGGAGGGAGCGCGCCGAUGUUUGACGCCACAGCAGAGGACUGGGUUAAUAUGGUGAAUGGGUUCCAGAAUGCUUCGCUUUCCUGCCGGCUUGGGAUACCGAUGAUUUAUGGAAUAGAUGCUGUUCAUGGCCAUAACAAUGUCUACAAGGCCACAAUUUUCCCACAUAAUGUUGGCCUUGGAGCAACCAGGGAUCCAGAACUUGUCAAGAGAAUCGGUGCUGCAACUGCGCGUGAAGCUAGAGCUACCGGAAUUCCUUAUGUUUUUGCUCCCUGUAUAGCGGUUUGCAGAGAUCCAAGAUGGGGUCGGUGCUACGAAAGUUACAGCGAAGAUCACAAGGUUGUGCAAGCAAUGACGGAAAUCAUAUCCGGCUUACAGGGCGAAGUCCCGAACAAUUCCCGGAAGGGUGUUCCCUAUGUUGGUGGAAAGGAUAAGGUUGCUGCUUGUGCAAAACAUUUUGUGGGAGAUGGCGGCACAACCAACGGAAUCAACGAAAACGACACCAUGACAGACUGGCACGGGCUGUUGAGCAUCCACAUGCCUGCAUACUAUAACUCGAUCGCGAAGGGUGUUUCGACAAUCAUGGUCUCCUACUCGAGCAUUAAUGGUGCAAAGAUGCACGCCAACCGUGAUCUUGUCACCGGAUUUCUCAAGGGCACCCUUAAAUUCAGGGGUUUUGUGAUCUCUGAUUGGCAAGGCAUUGAUAAGAUCACCUCACCUGCCCAUGCAAACUACACAUACUCAGUUCAGGCUGGCAUUCAAGCUGGCAUUGACAUGAUAAUGGUCCCUUACAACCAUACUGAAUUCAUCGAUACUUUGACAUCCUUGGUUGACAAAGACGUCAUUCCCACGAGUCGUAUCGAUGAUGCAGUUAGAAGAAUUCUGAGAGUUAAGUUCAGUAUGGGUCUUUUCGAAAACCCCUUAGCAGAUUUGAGCAUGGCUGACCAACUCGGAAGCCAAGCUCAUAGGGAUUUGGCGAGAGAAGCCGUGAGGAAUUCGCUAGUGCUUUUGAAGAAUGGGAAAGAUGCAGAUAGCCCCGUGCUUCCUCUUCCCAAAAAUGGAUCCAGGAUUCUGGUUGCCGGAACCCAUGCCAACAAUUUGGGCUACCAAUGUGGUGGUUGGACUAUUGCUUGGCAGGGACUCGGUGGAAACAACCUUACUAGUGGAACUACCAUAUUGAAUGCCAUCUCAACCGCAGUAGACCCAAGCACAGAGAUCGUCUACAGCGAGAAUCCAAAUCCCGAUUUUGUCAAGUCCAGCAACUUCUCAUACGCCAUCGUUGUCGUGGGAGAGACUCCUUAUUCCGAAACUGCUGGAGACAAUCUCAACUUAACAAUUCCAGAACCGGGUCUGAGUACGAUGACCAACGUGUGCAACAGUGUCAAGUGCAUCGUCGUGCUUGUCUCUGGCCGGCCCCUUGUGGUUGAGCCUUACCUUUCCUCCAUGAAUGCUCUUGUUGCUGCAUGGUUACCGGGUAGCGAAGGCCAAGGCGUGGCUGAUGUUCUCUUUGGCGAUUAUGGUUUCACCGGAAAACUUCCCCGAACGUGGUUUAAGACCGUGGAUCAGCUCCCGAUGAAUGUUGGUGAUCCAAAUUAUGAUCCACUCUUCCCUUUCGGCUAUGGUCUCACAACAGAGCCAGUGGUUUAAGCUGCCGAGAUACAUUCUCUUUCCAUUUACAAACAGUUUUAGCUUUUUCUUCGUUUUUUUUUUUCUUUAGUAUUAGUAUUAGUUUUGGCCAUUUCACCGCACUGCAAACCGAAAAUUU